ACAAAACAUCCAGCUAUUGUGUCUAGAGAACACCUUAAUUUUCUUUGGGGGACAGCCAUUCACUCUUUAGGUUGCUCUCGAAACCACCAUAUCUCCGGCCAUCAUGGUCGUCGUCGACGUGCACACUCAUGUGUACCCUCCCACUUUUGUAGAGCUCCUCCGCAGUCGCUCCUCCGUUCCUUACAUCCGCACCUUUCCAGAGACAGGAGAUGUUGCUCGAAUGGUCAUCUUGCCAGGCGAGGAUGAUCCCAAUACCCCAUCAACGGCUCGAGGCCGGCCAGUAGGUCCUGAGUACUGGGACAUCGCGCAUAAGAUUGCUUUCAUGGACACUCACAAGAUCGACGUGUCGGUUAUAUCGCUAGCCAACCCUUGGCUAGACUUUCUACCAUCAGAUGAGGCGGGAGAUGCAGCGCAGAAAAUCAACGAUGACGUGAACGAUCAGUGCUCGAAAUACCCGGGUCGGUUAUUCGCGUUCGGAACCUUACCUCUUUCCGCGCCAAUAGACGUAAUCGUGAAGGAGAUUGAAAGGUUAUCAAAGAUGAAGUACAUGCGAGGAAUCAUAAUGGGAACGUCAGGACUGGGCCAGGGACUGGACGAUCUCAAACUUGACCCCAUUUACGCCGCUCUGGAAAAGCAUAGUUCACUCAUCUUUUUACACCCACAUUAUGGACUCCCACAAUCGGUGUAUGGACCUCGUACCAACGAGUAUGGCCAUGUGUUACCAUUGGCAAUGGGUUUUCCUUUAGAAACAACUAUUGCGGUGACGAGAAUGUUGUUAAGUGGGGUAUGGGACCGAUUUCAGAACUUGAAUGUGCUCAUUGCCCACUCUGGUGGUACACUGCCUUUUUUGGCCGGACGGAUAGAGAGCUGUAUCAGCCAUGAUGCACAUAUGAAGAAGGAGGGCAAGUUGGAAGGAAGAAGGCCUAUCUGGGACAUCUUCAAGAAGAAUAUCUACCUGGAUGCUGUCAUUUACUCUGAAGUCGGGUUGAAGGCUGCUGUCGAAGCGUCUGGUGCUGAUCGUCUCCUUUUCGGAACGGAUCAUCCAUUCUUUCCACCUCUUGAAGAAGAGGCAACACAGUGGGAGAGUGUCAGUACCAAUUACUCAGCUAUCAAAACGGCUUUCGCUCAAGACGAUAAGGCGGCGAAGGAUGUAUUGGGUGGGAAUGCCGUAAGGAUUCUGCGACUCCACGAAUAGGGAACCGAUUACGCGAGUUCAAUUUUCCGCUUUCAAUCGUUCGGAUUCGGACCUACUUGCGUAAGGUUGAGUCUUUCUCGAGAGGAGCUCAAAAGAUCUCAACAAGGAUGCCAUAUGGCUUAAAUAGCUGCUUCAUAUUAACAAUAACCUAGCUGUCCGAUGAAGCAUGUCGAGAUCAGUCGCAAGCCACUAAACCCCUUUCACUGUGCUGCACCUAAAACACGCAAAUAUUCAAAUCAUC